AUGAUUCUAUCUAUCUAUCUAUCUAUCUAUCUAUCUAUCUAUCUAUCUAUCUAUGUUCAUAUCUAUCUAUCUAUCUAUCUAUCUAUCUACUUUCAAAUCAAUUUAAUUUCAUAUCAUAUCUAUCUAUCUAUCUAUCUACUUUCAAAUCAAUUUAAUUUCAUAUCUAUCGGGAUAGCUUCUCUCUUCAGCAUAUCUAUCUAUCUAUCUAUCUAUCUACUUUCAAAUAAAUUUAAUUUCACAUUUAUCGGGAUAGCUUCUCUCUUUAUCAUAUCUAUCUAUCUAUCUAUCUAUCUAUCUAUCUAUCUAUCUAUCUAUCUACUUUCAAAUCAAUUUAAUUUCAUAUCUAUCGGGAUAGCUUCUCUCUUAAGCAUAUCUAUCUAUCUAUCUAUCUAUCUACUUUCAAAUCAAUUUAAUUUCAUAUCUAUCGGGAUAGCUUCUCUCUUCAGCAUAUCUAUCUAUCUAUCUAUCUAUCUACUUUCAAAUCAAUUUAAUUUCAUAUCUAUCGGGAUAGCUUCUCUCUUCAGCAUAUCUAUCUAUCUAUCUAUCUAUCUAUCUAUCUAUCUAUCUAUCUGUCUACUUUCAUAA